CCCCAGUCAUCGGGCCAUGGGAAAGCCCGCUGUUAGCUCUUUUAGGGCUAGUCUAGCUAGAUCUUUGCUCCGAGAAGAAGCGACACGGACAAUAUGUAAGCCGCACCUGGUGCGCAUUCUCUCGUCCCUGUCGCCAUAUCAGGCAGUCCUCCCGCAAACCCAUCAAUCCCCAGAAGUUGAGCGUCCGAGCAUUGACUUUCAAUGCUGUUGUUGUUUGCCCCUGAGUGGCUGUCGCGCUCGCCGAGCCGUGAUCAAUGGUGCGCCCUGCAUUGCGCCGCCAAUGCGCGCGGCUGGCCCCUCCGGUGCGUGCCCAGCAGCCAGGGACCAGGCAGGGGUUGCUUUCCCAACAGAUUUCCAGAUUCGAUCUUUGCGACCAAUCACAUGGCACAAUUCCCUGGCGCCUUGCGUCACCGAAAAUUUGUGUGCGCGCAAAAAGAUCGACACUCGGCGUAACGCGUAUACAAACAGAUGGGGGGCAGGUUUUUUUUUUUUGUUUGUUUUUGAAAGAGUGAAGAUUCCCAUCAACCCAACAUGUUAUCGAUGCUUACCUCGAACACUGUAGCCCCUGUAAGUACGUAGCCCCAGGAGUCGGGUUCACCGUGGACCAAGUAUUGGGUGGGUCUAGACGGGCAUGCUCAGUUUCCAACUGUCCAUUAGGUUAUGCUGGGCACCUAGAUUUGAUACCAUGUAAUGAAAGCUGGGUUGCGGUGGAGUAUUUCGGUCCUUCCUGAAUAGUCCAUUCUGUCCGACCGAGGCACUCAACCCAACUGGAACCUGUAAUUUUUUUCUGCUCGUGACGGCAGGCAGUAUCGAUACUUACCUAGGUACCGACCUACGCUCAUAAAGGGUCUCAUCUACCGACGAGUGGUGGUUGUAUUGUAUCCGACGGCAGACACGCCUCGGGUUUUCCUCCAACGCCGGCCUGUCUCAAAACGAUCGUUCCGGCCGAGCGGCAAGUCACCGUCAACUGUCAACUGUCUCCUAUCUAUCCUGAGCCAGGAAACUUUUUCCUUGGCAUGCGUGCCCAGCUCCGGCUCUGCUCCUCUUUUGCUCCCUUUCUCUCUGGCUAGGGCUUGCUUAACAGGCACCAUCCGAUUCUGGAAGCCUGCAGUUGCCACUCAACAAUCUUUGUUGUCACUCUUCCCCACAGCUGGCAAGUCGCUCUUCCUGUCAAUACUUAAAACCCUAUCGGACGCCGCUGGGAGCCACCACCGCCCACGAACCCACGCUCCGUAACGGCUCUACCACCACCAAACGCUCCUCACGACAGUACGUGGGCGCGUAGCUAUCACAACAUUCACCAUGGCUUCCACCGGCGACGUCCACCUGGGCCUCCCAUCGUCCUCAAUCUUCCAGUUCCCGCCGAACCCGGAACCGGGUUUCCUCGCACCACCUGCUCCUGGAUCAAUGGCCUAUGCGCCGCCCUUCCGCAUUCCUGACCACAUCUACCAGGCUGUGCUCGACCCAAAGGUUCCCAUCACAAUUGCGGUCGUCUAUGCCGUCACCAUAAAGUCCCUCAACGCCUACAAUAAGUCGACCAACAAGAGGCCGUGGGCUAUCAGCAAGACCCGCCCCUUCUUCUGGUUCGUUGUGCUGCACAAUGUCUUCCUCGCCGUGUACUCUGCAUGGACGUUCUGGGGCAUGAUUGGCACCAUGCGGAGGGGUAUCGUUAGCCCCUUUGGCCCCGAUGGCCUGGCUGGCACCGUCGACAGCUUCUGCCGCCUUCAAGGCCCACCUGGCCUUGGCAAUGCCGCCUUCUACGACGAGUCGAUCAACGGCUGGAACACGCAUGCUCCGGGAGUGUCCAUGGCGAACGGCCCCGGCCGCAGUGUUCCUGGCCGUGUCUGGAACGAGGGUCUUGCCUUCUACGGCUGGAUCUUCUACCUCAGCAAGUUCUACGAGGUUCUCGACACCUUCAUCAUCCUCGCCAAGGGCAAGCUCAGCUCGACCCUGCAGACCUACCACCACGCCGGCGCCAUGAUGUGCAUGUGGGCCGGUAUGCGCUACAUGAGCGCCCCGAUCUGGAUGUUUGCCUUCUACAACUCGGGCAUCCACGCCAUGAUGUACACCUACUACACUAUCACCGCCUUCUCCAUCAGGGUUCCGGUCUUCAUCAAGCGCUCUCUGACGACGAUGCAGAUCACUCAGUUCCUGAUCGGCGCUUCGUAUGCCAUGCUGCACUCGUUCGUCUCGUACAACAUCCCCAUCACCGGAGAGCAGGCGGCUGAGGCCGCCUCUUCCGCAACUGCCUCGAGCGCUGCUGUGGACGGCUCUGCGACCGCUGCUAUCAUCGACGGCCUUAAGAACAUCAUCGGUGGUGUUGUUGGCUCUAAGCCCAUCUCCACCCCUCUGCCGGCGGCGGCGGCGACUGCUGCUGUCACAGGCACCGUGUCGUACGGUCAGCUCACUGUCCCGUGCACCACGGGCACUGGCGAGACGUUUGCCAUUUGGCUCAACGUCAUCUACCUUACGCCCCUCACCUAUCUCUUCAUGAAGUUUUUCGUCGAGUCGUACAUUCGUCGCUCAAAUGUCGAGGCCGCGCGUCAUAAGAAGGGUGUCGAGGCGCGCCAUGAGAGCAACGUGACCAUGGCCGAGAUGGCUGGAUGGGAUGCUGCUCGUGAGAUGGAGAAGGAGGUUUACGGUGAGAGUGGAAACGGCAAGGCCGCCAACGGCAAGAGGUGAUGUAACAAGGGAACGAAAAGAAAAAGAAAAAAAAAGGACAACAAAACACGGUCC